GUUAGCUCAGAGGGCGUACUCCGCCGCUGCCCAGUUUCGUCGGCGAUCGACGACCGUCGUCAAUUCGUUCUCCCUCUCCGGCGUCACUCAGGCAUUUGUUCCUCACUAUCCGAAGAGUAAUAUUUAUUGACAUUUGGAGUUGUCGACAUAUUGGUUCUGCUUUUAGGAUAUGAAGAUACUUGAAGCAAAUGCCGGUCCACUUACCAAUUUUGAAGUGUUUGAGUUUCUAAGGUCAAAAGAUGCCGUGAAGGAUCCUACACUGGCCUUGCUUCCAAACAUUGCAUCUGAGUAUAAGGUUUUUGAAUAUCUGGAGAAAAGUGGUUGCAAGCAUCUGACUAGAGAAGUUAUCAACGAAUUUUUGGAGAAAUGUAAAAGCUUCAAACUAUCAAAAGCUGAGAUGUUGAAUAUCAUCAAUAUCAUGCCCAAAUCUGCGGUUGAACUUUUCCCGAUCAUAGAGGCAUGUGAUACUCGUGAUGAUGAUGAAAGUACAAUGUUGAACGCGCUAGUGGCAAUAGUCAAAGAGGUCUUGCUUGCAGGCACACCAUCACCUCCGCCUGUGAUAGAAGAGAUUGAAGUGGCUCACGAGGAAAAUGGCGUUGAGGCUGAUAAAUAGAAACACUUGACCAAGGGUAUUGUUGUCUUUUCCACCCGAUUUUCUUUCAGUUGGUUUGUACUUUUGUAGACCAGGUUAGCACUCGCUCUACAGAGCACCACAGAGGCUCGUGUCUUGUUAUGACACCAACUUCUGGGGUCAAAAGAGCCUUGGUUUUAAAUAGUGUUUGCUUGGAAAGAAAUGUUUUAUCUGCAGAAAGUACUCUUGCAUUGCCUUUGGGAAAAAAAUCACAAAGAUAUGAUAAUUUUAAUGAAAUUAACAAGUUAAA